UUGGAUCAUCUUUGGUGUUUAGGGUGAAGAACUGAAAGACAUCAAAGUUGAGAUUAAAGAGGAAGAAGAAGAGACAUUGGUGAGUGGAGAUCAGCAGUCUAUGGAGGAGGGGAAGAUGAUUAUGAAAAGUAAACAGGAGGAAUCCUCUCUACAAAUAGACACAAGUGGGCGCUAUAUCGGGAACACCCCAGAAGGACAUCUCAUGUUAUCUUCAGGUUAUAAUGCAGAACAUAAUGGCAUCACACAGGAUUCUCCAGGAGUAAAUCUGCUUACUCAAGAUAUACAUUACAGACCUUAUGAUUUGGAGAGAUCUAUGGAUCUGUCAAACCCUGACAGAUCACAUAUUUUUACUUCAGAUCUUCCACUUGGACCUCAUAGUCUGUAUAAAUCAGCAAAUUCAUCUAAUCCCACGGAAUCUUCUUUAGGAUUUGUAGGAGGUAACUCAGUGGAGGGAACAUUGACAUGUUCAGUGUGUCGGAAAUCACUCUCUGAAAACGAAGCACUCUUCAAACAACAGAAAAAUCACACGAGUGAACGUCCUUUCUCGUGCGCGGAGUGUGGGAAAAGUUUCACUGUAAAAAGAAGCCUUCUUGUACACCAGAGAAGUCACACCGGUGAGCGUCCUUUCUCAUGCCCAGAGUGCGGGAAAUGCUUUGCUGAGAAAAGAACGCUUCUUACACACCAGAAAAGCCACACGUGCGAGGUUUCUUAUUUAUGUUCCGAGUGCGGGAAAUGUUUCAUUCAGAAAGGAGACCUUCUUAAACACCAGAGGAUUCACACCGGUGAGCGACCUUUCACCUGUUCAGAGUGCGGGAAAGGUUUCAUUCAGAAAUCAGACCUUCUUAGACACAAGAGGACUCACACAGGGGAGCGCCCCUAUUCGUGUUUGGAGUGCGGAAAAUUUUUUGGUAACAAAGGAAACCUUCUUAAACAUCAGAGAACUCACACAGGUGAGCGUCCUUUUUCGUGCUCAGAGUGCGGGAAAUUUUUUAAUGAUAAGGGAAACCUCCUUAAACAUAAGAGAAUUCACACGGGGGAGCGUCCUUUCUCGUGUUCGGAGUGUGGGAAAUGUUUUAACGACAAAGCGAAACUUAUUAGGCAUCAGCGAAGUCACACGGGAGAGCGUCCUUAUUUGUGUUCGGACUGCGGGAAAUCUUUCACAAAGAAAGAAAGCCUCCUCAAACAUCAGAAAAGUCACAUUUGAAAGUUGGGGAGAUGUAAGGAGAUCUGAUUGGACAUUGAAUUACACAUUGCUGAUGAUUAUGUUAACAAAUGUAAGGCGGAACAAUCCAGUUCAUAGAAGUGUGUAAUAAAACCAAAUUCAUUUUUUUAAAGGGUACAUAGCAUGGCAAUAGUGUUAUUGAGUUAUAGGUGGAGUCUGUUCUUGAAGGCUGAUGGAAUAUGAUAAAUGAUAGAGACAGAAUAUUAACCAAAAAUCCAGAAAAAACAUGAUACAAAUGUUAUAAAUUGAGUUGCAGUGAGUAAAAUAACGUCACUGAUGAGAAUAUCUAAUAUAACCACCCAGGUGUAUUCUCAGGUAAUGCAAAAUAACACUAUAGUUACCCGUCAGAUCUGAGAGAGAACGCAAUGAUGCACAUGAACAGUUGAGUGUUAUCAAAAGGUCUUUAGUUUAUUGAACACAGAUUCACAGUAUUUAUGCAGUUGGUAAAGACGAAAAAGCUUGGGUUAGGGAGGGACAUACGUCAUCUCUUUAGCAAGCAUCUGCUUCCAUCCUGACAAUGCAAGUUCCUGUUUUCAUCUCAAUGAUGUGUGUUACAGGCGCUCCGGUAAUGACAGGCGCCGUAGUGCGUUCCAUGCUGAAACGCAUAUGGCGCUCGCGCGAUGAUGUCAUCGCCCGGCGCCGUGGUGCGUUCCAGCUUGGAACUCGGAAGUGUGCCGCUAUCGACGGCAGUUUUCUGCGCACCAACUAGGAGCCAUGUAGAGCUGACACGGGGGGGCGUCAGAGUGCGUGAAAUCUUUUACUGAGAAAGCAAAACUUCUGAUACAUCAGACAAUUCACACUGGUGAGCAUCCUUUUUCUUGUCCAGAGUGUGGGAAGCAUUUCAGUAAGAAAGAAAGCCUGGUCAAGCACCAGGAAAAACACACUUUUUAUGAUCAGACUGCAGGAAAUGCUUUACACAUAAAGGAAAUCUAAAUGCAUAUCGGAGAACACUGCUGAUAAAUGUAUAGUGCAAUAUACCAAAUGGAACUGUUCGGUCCAGAGAACUGUAUCAUUAAAAAAUAUUUUUUUAUAGUA